GGAGCAUAGCGUAUUGGGUUAUUUCGCAUAAGUUCUCAGAGAAAGACGACGGCUACAUGCAGAUUUAUAAGACAAAGCCUUCUUAACCGACACACGGAACAAAACAAGCUUUCUAUGGAAAGAGAAGCAUUACGGGAUGGCAGUACAAAGAAAGGAGAUUCUGAAAGUUGGCUUUCCAGUGGAGUGGCUCACCAGACCUUCAACGUGGCUGCCGUACUUCUGUACUCAAUAACUCUAGGAGCUAACAUGGGUUACUCGGCUGUACUGCUGCCUCAGCUUCAAUCCAACACCAGCUUCAUACCCACAGACGAGGAAACGGGAUCAUGGAUAGCCAGCCUACAAUCGGGUGUGAGUCCGGUAGGCACUGUAGCUGGCGGAUUCGCCAUGGAACGUUGGGGUAGGCGCUUUGCGAUGAGAGCGGGCCUCCUGCCACUCUUCAUAGGCUACAUCAUCAUAGCCUUUGCUCCAAGUCACUUCACGGUACUAAUCGGAAGGUUCGUUACUGCAAUAUCCGGCGGAUUCUCAGCCGCAGCCUCGUCGAUUAUUCUAUGUGAAAUAUCAACACCCCGGCUGAGAGGGCUGUAUUCAUCUAGUAUCUUCACUGCAUUAUCAACGGGAGUUUUGCUCGUGUAUGCUCUGGGUUCAUAUCUCCACUGGCAUAUUGUGGCUGGCGUGCUGGCAACUAUACCUUUGACAUCAUUCACCGCCUUCUUCUUCGUACCCGAAAGUCCUGUCUGGCUCGCAAAGAAAGGGCUAGUGGAAGAAGCAGAAGAUGCUUUUACGUGGCUCAGAGGGGACGAGAAACAGGCAAAACUGGAACUGCAAGAAUUGCUGUCCAGUAUCAAAGCACAACGGGAAGCAGAAGUAAUGGAAUUAGACAUAAGCAACGAAGAAGAAGCCGACAAAACACCGACCAUUAUGCAACAAAUUAAAAUCCUGUCAUCUCCUUCAAUUCUCAAACCAUUCUUCAUUGGCCACAUCUUCAACUUGUUUCAAAUUCUCACUGGUACAAUGCUGGUUGUAUUUUAUGCGGUCGACAUGAUCUCCGAGACUGACAAGAAUACAACAGGUUUCACGGUUGCCCAGCUAACAGCAUUUGUUCGCCUGGUUUUCACGUUACUUACAAACACACUGUUGUACUACGUACCACGAAGGACCCAUGUCACUGUCGCCAGCAGCGUUUGUGCAUGUGCUGCAUUAACCCUGAGUUGUUUCUUAUUUUUCCAAACGAGAACAACACAUUCAUUAUCAUCAGAGACAAGUACGUGGAUAUCGACAAUGCUAAUUUUAGUAUUCAUUGCCGCGAAUACUUGUGGAUUCCUUCCACUGCCUUCUACAGUUAUGUCUGAAAUACUUCCUACUAAAAUACGAGGUCUUGCCUGUAGCUACAUAUUUGCUGCCAACGAUGCACUACAGUUCUGUGUCUCUAAACUAUACCCCUGGUUGAAGGACACUUUGGAAAUGCAUGGAGUUUUUCUCCUUUUCGGUAUAAACGCUCUUUUUUGUUGCAUAUUAUCUCAUUUGUUCUUGCCUGAAACUCAAGGAAAAUCACUGGCAGAAAUUGAAGAAUAUUUUCGAGACAAAAAUUUGUUGUGGGCUAAAAGAGACAAAAGACUUGGGCAGCAUAAUAUGAGAAAUAAAUAUUUGGAAAUGAAGGAGACCAACGCAAGGGGUUGUGUAAAAACUUAUAGCGAAGAACAGAACAUAAAAACGGAAGAAAAGCCAAAUAAAUGUGAAAGAAAAAUGUCGGUGACGUUCUCAUGACAUAACAAAUGCAUUUUCACUCUAAGAAAGACUUUAAUAUAAAUUAACUACAAACAGCUGUAGUCCUGUAUGUAGUUACAAACAUUUAGAUAACACCACAGCAUCACAACCCAGAUAACCACAAUCUACAUCUUCGCCACAUUAACAAACUCAACUGUUCAGUAGGUACUUAUUCAAUUAAACAAUUUAAAAGAAUAAA